UUGGCGUUCGGAAGGGGAAGAUGUUGGUUGCGUUCUGACGUUAAAUUUUGAACGUUAAGUUUAACCAGCGAAGGGAUACAUAGUUUUAUAUUUGCUGGCGUUCUUGCUGGUUUCAUUGUCCUUCAGGCUUUUCAGCUUGUCGGUUGUUAGCGAGUCGAGAGAAGGGCGCAAUGCCGAGCCACCCGCUGCGUGUUGCGGUCGUGUGUUCGAGUAACCAGAACCGCAGCAUGGAAGCGCACAGCAUCCUCAGCAAGCGAGGUUUUGAGGUGCGGUCGUUUGGGACAGGGACCCACGUGAAGCUGCCAGGUCCGGCGCCAGACAAGCCCAACGUGUAUGACUUCAAAACCACUUAUGAGCAGAUGUACAACGACUUGGUCCGCAAGGACAAGGAACUAUACACACAGAAUGGAAUCCUACACAUGCUUGACCGCAACAAGCGUAUCAAGGUCCGACCUGAACGCUUCCAGAGCUGCAAGGACCAGUUUGACCUGGUCAUCACUUGUGAAGAGAGGGUCUAUGACCAAGUUUUAGAGGACCUGAACUCCCGGGAGCAGGAGACCUUCCAGCCUGUCCAUGUCAUCAAUGUGGACAUCCAGGACAACCAUGAAGAGGCAACAUUAGGCGCAUUCCUCAUUUGUGAGCUUUGUCAGUGUAUUCAGCACACAGAUGACAUGGAGAAUGAAAUGGAUGAGCUUCUGCAAGAGUUUGAGGAAAAGAGCAGUCGUCCUUUUCUACACACUGUCUGCUUCUACUGACACAGGACAUUAUCCCUGGUGACAUCAUGCCGCAUGCAUGGAGUGCCCUGUGCGUUUCAUCUGCGUAUUCCUCACCGAAGGUGUGAGCAAGCGCAACUCUUUGUUGCCUUAAGAUGAAACCUCUGACAGCCCCUUCGACUUCCUAUAGUUUUUUCACAGUUCUGCACAAAGCAGUGACCAUGUGGAGAUGUCAAACUGCGUGUGUGUGCGCACACGUGCACGCACAUGCAUUUUAGGUUUUGCAUCUCAGUCCAAGACAUAUCAAUAGAUAUGACCAAAUGCAACUUGCCUCUUGUGCCCCAGGAGCACACCCCUCCCCCAUCAGUCAAGCUUCAGCAAACAGAGGUGAUUCUGUUGUUCUUCCCACUCUGGUUAGUCAGCAGGUCAUCCCUCUCCUGCUGUCUCCCUCCCUCAUGCUGAGCUCACCAGUCUUACCAUAAAACCCACUGACCCAUACAACCUUCCCCUGGAGGGAUUAAAAAAAAAUCUUCCUGAGAGAAUCUAUGGUCAGGUUAUUUAAAAUUUGUUGGGCAAGGAGGGGGAGGAGACUUUCAUUUCUUAAAACAUGAUGGCGUAGCAGUUCAGGAGUAUAUUCACCUUGAAAGGUGAUAUAGUGUACAACUGUAUUUCUUGUACAUUGAAAAUGUACUCUGCUGGUAAUGUGAAAACCCCAGGCACAUGCUGAGGUGUACGAAAGGCUGGAGGUCCGAGUAGAAUUUAUGCCAAUAUGCAAUCAGUCUGAAAUGGUGUUUAGAUAGCUGUUUAAGGAGAGCUACCAGUUUUCCAAAGUUUAUGUUUUCUACAAUUUGUGUGACCACAUAACUGAUUUCAGUAGCUGAAAAGUGGUGCAAACACUGUCAGAAUUGACAUACUAUGAGUUAAGAGUAUAAAGCCUGGAAGUGUGAGAUUUCACUUAUUUUACUACUUGUUGAGGGUACAACUCGUUUCAUUUGCCUCAUGCUCAGGUUGUCUGCUUUUCAGUUAAUUUAAAGAGAUUUUGUGGAAAAAAAAUGCAAGGAUAAAAUCCAGAG